AUGUUAUUAGGGAAACUCUUUUUUGCAGCCAUUUGGUCAAUUGGUGCUGUUGCGCAGAUAGUCGACAACAUUGACUCCAUUAGAACCCAAAUUAGUGCCCGUGGCGUUCAGUAUGGUUCAGUCAUUGAUGACGUUUUGAACUCAUUGACCAUUGAUGAGCAAGAUUUCAUUUCUAAGCAUUUACUUGCUUUACAAAAUUUCAAUGGAACUUCUUGUGAAAAAUGCCAUAAUAAGAUCAAAUACUCCCAGAAUUUGAUAAAGGAGGAUGAAGAUAAGCAUUAUUUGGUUUCCUUGAUGUUAUAUCAGUACUGUCUUUCCUUGAACAAGAACAAAGACUCUAGCUGUGAUUUCGUUGAUUUCUUUAUAACUACCAACACCUACGAUACAGGCCACAAGGUGACGGUGGACUCAGGUAACGGUGGAGCCUUCAACGGUGCUACCUCCCUCAACUUCUUUGACAAUGACUUCGUUCAGAUGAUCAAGAAUAUCAACAUAACCUCUGAUCUCUCUCUCAACUACUAUUGUUACUACAAGGGUAAGUAUUGCAAGUUGCCCAAGACCCCCGACAUUUCGACCAUUAUUGAUUUGGACUCUAUGUGGCCAGCAAAGGAUGAAAGGUAUUAUUCUGAACCAGAAUAUAACUCGUCUCUUGAGCUUUUUAAUGUGUUGCACUUGUCGGAUGUACACAACGAGCUUCGUUAUCAAGUGGGUUCAGAAGCCAAUUGUAGUAGCAGUCCUUGUUGCCUUCCAGAAUCUUACAAUCGGGAUUUGACAAAAUCCACAUAUAACUUUACGAACGUCUACAAUGAUACGGGGGCUGGCAAAAUUGAGUUGAACUUCUAUCCCGAUGCUCAUUUUGAAAACGAGACGUACAUUCCUGGGGAAUACUACGAUUUCCCAUUAUAUCGGGGAUGGAACUGGGCAUGGACACCAGCUUCCACUUGGGGAAACUACAACUGUGAUGUUCCUGAGGUCAUGUUAAACCAUACCUUCAAGUACAUUGGAAGCACAAGUGAGCUGAACAACUACGAAUUUGCCAUUUUUACUGGUGACAUAGUCGAUCAUGAUAUGAUACAUUGUGACGCCAAUGUCACCAGAGACGCAGAGGUUCGUACGUUCAAGAUGAUGAAGCAGUAUUUUAACCAGAUUCCUCUUUAUCCAACUUUGGGAAAUCAUGACACCUUCCCCUACGGUCAAUUAGCCCCACAUUCUUUGUACAACAAGACUUUGAACGAGUCUAUUUACCAUUGGAAUGAGGAAUUAAUGGCCGAGCUUUGGACUUCGAACGGCUGGCUCCCUGAAUCCGACCCAGACGAAAUCACCAACCACUAUGCCGCAUUUGCAACCACUACCAAGAGAGGGCUCAAAGUUAUUUCCUUGAACUCCAACUGUUACUACCAAAAAAACUUAUACAACUACAUAAAUAUGGAAGUUGAGGCAGACUUAUUUGGUCAGUGGGAAUUCUUGAUUAAUGAAUUGGUCGAGAGUGAAAAAAUUGGUCAACGUGUUUGGAUCUUGGCUCACAUCUCACCUGGAGACUAUGACACUUUACCAAUCCAAUCGAACAUCUUUGCCAAAAUUGUUGAGAGGUUUUCGCCAUACACCAUUGCAAAUAUCUUUUACGGUCACACUCAUAAAGAUCAAUUCAAAGUGUUAUACAACAAUGAUAAGGAUCCAAUCAACAUGGCUUGGAUUUCUCAAGCCAUCACUCCAUUGGGUCCAGCCAAUCCCUCAUGGAGAUACUACCAAGUCCAAGAUGAGUCCUUCAAUGUGAUCAAUGCGUUUAAUUACUUUUCUCCACUCAAUGAGACUUGGGUUGGGGGUUCUGCAGAACCUCAAUGGAAGUAUGAAUACAGUCCCAGGGACACAUACGACCCGGACGGAGAGUGGCCAGCCACUUCUCCUUUGAACGCAACCUUCUGGGAUAAGUUUGUCGUUCAAAAAAUUAAAAAUGAAACCGAUAUUGAUUUUAACCAAUUGUACACCAAUUUGUUGUACAGACUUAACCCAUAUGUCCCAAGCUGUGACAAUAAGACAAGUAUCACAAGUGACUGUUAUGUUAACAAUUACUGCGAUAUCAUUGGAUUCAAAGUCGACGAUUACAAUAAGUGUGUUGCUUGA